AAGUCACGUGGGCCAGGGAGGCGUUGUAACGGGGGAAAGGGGAGACGGAAAAAAUGAUGCUCAGGGUCACCUGGGCUUAGGGUGUUGCUCCGAGGGGGUGCAGUUGGCCAACCUCGUUCCUCGGUCAUCUUGGUUUCCCUGCACUCGAGGAGCUGGAGUUGUGGACGCGGCGAGCAAGAAUCCAGAUAAUAACAAUUCUUGGAGCCAUGGGCGCUAGCAAGGAAAGUCACAAUGUUUCAAAUUCCUGUUGAAAAUCUUGACAAUAUUAGGAAGGUUCGGAAAAAAGUGAAGGGCAUCCUUGUGGAUAUUGGCCUUGAUAGCUGCAAGGAAUUAUUAAAGGACCUUAAAGGUUAUGACCCUGGAGAGAAAUAUUUUUACAGUACGUCAUGGGGAGAUGUUUCCCCUUGGGAAUCUUCAGGAAAAAGAAAGAGAUAUCGAACAAAGCCAUACUGUUGCAGCCUGUGCAAGUAUUCAACAAAGCUACUUUCUUCAUUGAAAAAUCAUUUGCAUCGUUACCAUGAAGAUGAAAUUGACCAAGAGCUGGUGGUUCCUUGCUCAAAAUGUGUUUUUGCCUCUCAGCCCAAAGUUGUGGAAAAACACUUUCGGAUGUUUCAUUCUUCUCAUCGGAAAAUGCAGAAUUACACUAUGAAUAUUUUGGGUGAAUCUAAACCAUCCAGGAGUGAUGUGAUAAACUUCACAUGCUUAAAAUGUCACUUUACAAACACUUUGUACUACAGCAUGAAGAAGCAUGUACUAAUAGCACAUUUUAAUUACUUGAUUACCUCCUACUUUGGUAUGAGAACUGAUGAAAUUACUGAGCAAGUAAAAAAUGACAACACUUCACUUGCCAGUACGAUUCCAUCCUUGGAUAGGUACUAUUGUAAAAAAUGUAACAUAGGGGCCAGCAGCCUGGAUGCUUUAAUGUAUCAUAUUUUGACAUCAGAUACACACAGAGAUCUGGAAAAUAGGCUCAGAUCUGUGAUUUCAGAACAUAUUAAGAAAACAGGGCUUCUGAAGCAAAUGCACAUUGCUCCUAAACUUUCUGCAAAUAUGGCCAUGUCUCCUUUAACUAGCAACAGUGCUCCAGCACUAGCAGCCACUGCUUCCACUUGCAUUCAGCUUGCCUUGCCACAGAAUAAUCAAAACCAAACUCUGGUACAGUCACAGGCAGUAACUGUGGCCUCAAGUGCCUCUGGGACUCUUACCCAUAAUGCCCCUGCUGCUGCCCAAUCACACGUAACACUUGUAUCUAGUCCUUUGCCAGUGGGCCAGAAUAAUAUUACUCUUCAGGCAUCUGUUCCUCGGCCUGUCUUUGUUUCUCAUGGCCUCCCACUUAAUCAUCCUGUGAGUCCUACGGUUCUUCCCUUAAACCAACCAGUUGGAUCUGUCAAUAAGUCUGUUGGAGCAGGGGUUCUCCCUAUAAACCAAACCAUUCACCCAGGACUUUUGCCCCUUAAUCAACCUGUUGGACCCAUAAAUAGACCUGUUGGACCUGGAGUUCUUCCUAUAAAUAGACCCAUUGCUCCUAAUGUGCUUCCUGUUAAUCAGCCUGUUGCAUCAGGUGUCAUCCAAGCAGUUCCACCAGGGAUGAUCUCUAUGGGCCAGACGGUUUCAUCAGGAGUACUCCCUGUGGGCCAAGCAGUCCCAUCAGGUGUUCUGCCUGUGGGCCAGACGGUACCAUCAGGGGUUCUUCAGCUCAAUCAGUCUGUUAUGUCAGGAGUUCUUCCUGUUGGCCAGGCAGUGAGACCUGGAGUACUCCACCUUAAUCAACCAGUUACGCCAGGUGUUCUACCUGUAAAUCAGCCAGUCAGACAAAGUAUCUCCCAAAAUGCCACUUUCCUAACUGCAGGCUCUAUCCUUAGACAGCUAAUACCAACAGGAAAACAAGUUAAUGGGAUACCUACAUAUACCCUAGCACCAGUUUCAGUUACAUUACCUGUACCACCUGGUGGUGUGGCAAAUGUUACACCACCACAGAUGCCGAUUCAGCUCAUGCAGUCUAGUGCAGCUACACAGAUAUCUCAUUCCCCAGCUGGUGCACCCUCUCCUCCAGUAGUGGUAAGCACUUCUCAAAAUAUGAUUGUCCAGGCAUCUUCAUCUACUCUAGAAAUAAGCCAGGCUUUCAAUCUCAAACAAGCUAAACAGUGGAAAACCUGCCCAGUUUGCAAUGAACUCUUUCCAUCUAAUGUCUACCAGGUGCACAUGGAAGUGGCUCAUAAACAUGGUGGAUCAAGAUCAAAUGAAAAAUUUGAGCCUGAAAAACUUGCAGCAUGUGCACCAUUUUUAAGAUGGAUGAAAGAGAAAACUCUUCGCUGUCUCUCUUGUAAAUGUUUCAUAUCAGAGGAAGAACUUAUGCAUCAUUUAUUAAUGCAUGGUUUGGGGUGCUUAUUCUGUCCAUGUACUUUCCACAAUAUUAAAAGUCUUUCAGAUCAUAAUAGGACUGUUCACCUUGGAAAGAAGAGAUUAUCUGUGGAUUAUGGUAACAGAGGUUUCCAGUUAGAUACUGAUGCUAAUGGUGACUUAAUAUUUCCUCAUAUUGAUUUUAUUACCAUGUUGCCAAAGGAAGAACUUGGAGAAAGGGAAGUCUAUUUGGCAAUACUAGCUGGAAUGUACUCCAAGACACUUGUACCAAUCUAUAUUAAAGUGAGGCCACAGACUCUUGAGGACCACAGCAAUCCUGGAAAGCAAGUCAGUACCUGUCCUUUUUGCCUUGGUAUGUUUGUGACCACAGAAACAUAUGAAAUACAUUUAAAGGAAAGACAUCAUGUCAUGCCAACUGUACAUACAUUUUUAAAGUCUCCUGCUUUCAAAUGCAUCCAUUGCUGUGGGGUAUAUACUGGAAAAAUGACAAUGACUGCAAUUACUGUACAUUUGUUAAGAUGCAGGAGUGCUCCCAAAGUUAGUAGUUCAGAUCUUCAGAUACAGCCUGAUCUCAGUGAAAAAGAACUUCCACUAGUGAAUGGGGAGAUACAUGAUUCUGUUUUUCCUGUCAAAAGAAAACUUCCUGAUCUUUAUUCUGGGGCAGAGGACCAAAGGGAUAAAGAAGAAUCUCUUAUCAUAGAUAAUGACAUCACUUCUGUUUCUGAAAAAGCAGUGAAUGUGCCUUCUAAAAAACAAAAGAAUGAAAGCAGGACUGAAGGUCCACUAAUAAAUGAUGAUGCUCUUCAUAUUCUAGCACUAAAUCCCCAGAAGUAUGAAGACCGUUCAUAUGAAGAGAAAAAGCAGUUCCUUAAAGAUUAUUUCCAUAAGAGACCAUAUCCUAGCAAAAGAGAGAUAGAACUAUUAUCAUCUCUUCUCUGGGUGUGGAAAAUUGAUGUUGCAUCAUUUUUUGGAAAGAGAAGAUAUACAUGCCUAAGAGCAAUAAAAAAUUACAAACCUUCUGUGCUUUUGGGCUUUGAUAUGUCAGAACUGAAAAAUGUUAAGCACAGAUUACACUUUGAGUAUGAAACAUAAACCUUGUAAAAAAAAAAAGCUAUUUAAGAAAUCACAAAUAGGAAGCAAUCAAAAGGCUAGUUUUUAAUUUAGUGAGUUUUUUUGUUUUUUUGUUUUUUUUUUUUGCGGGGGACACUUAGAUUUUCAGUUCCAGUGUAAUGACCUCAUGAAUUACAAUGGUCGUACACUGCUCUAGUUAUUUCUGGGCACAUGGUAUGAAUAGUUCUUGUUUUGUGGAGGUCAUUCUGUUUUUCCAAUUACAUGUAAAUUAAAUCUCUUAUGUUUUAUACAUGCUUGUUUACCCAGUAGUGUUAAGAUACUUAGAAACCAAAACCACAUUGUUUUUGUUUUCUUCUGUUUUUUU